AUGAAAGCGCCCCUAACCACGAAGCUCGAGCGACGGUCGUCUGACGAGAAGCCGCCUCCCAAAAGUAUAGUCUCGUAUCUUCAGUGGUUGCAAGAAGAGCAAUGACUUCGCACACUUGGAAUUUGUUCUGGGGUUCGUCCUUUGUGCGCACACCUCUCAGGAACGGCGUAGGGAGAUAUGUUCAGCAGCUCCAAAGAGUUACGUUUAAGUUUUGUAAGACCCAUGGGGGCAGUCAAGGGAUGAGAGAAUUCAUUGAAAAGGACCUUAUUCAUUUUGCAAAAGUGAACCCAGGAGUUGUUGUGUACCUUAAACCACGCCGUCACAGAUCUCCUUGCCUCAAGGCUGAAUACUUAAAUGGUGAGGAAGAAUAUAUCUCGGCUCACAACCUUUCAAGUAGCGAUAUCAAGAAAUGGGUUGAAUACCUUAGAAUGCGGUCAGGAAAUCCAGUGGAACGUCUCAGAAAGUAUCAGCACACAGAUCACCCAUCCAUUCAAGGCCCUUGGACACCCUGGACACAUCGAGAUCCUGAGGUUAACAUUACUGAAUUUCCCAGUGAGAAGCUGUCUGCAGCUCAUGUGACUGAGAAGACUGCAACAGAGCAGAUGAUUGAAUUAUUUGAAAAGCAGAAGAUUGCCAGUGGAUCAAAUACAUCAUAAUGAGUUCUUUUUCAGUAUCGGUUAUUAAGUAGGUUUAACUGAUAUAACAGUGAAAGUGUGAAAACUUUACUGUAAGAAUAAGGAAAGUGACCAAAUAAAAGUAAAGAGAGAUAAAAAGAUAUAUAUAAAAGAAUAUUUCGUUGAUUCAAGAUAUUAGGAAUGAUAUUUUAAAAAAUACUAAACAUUUCUUAGAUAAUUACAAUGAACAUCUUAUUUAAGUGAUAAUAUAAUGUCAUAUGAUGAUUUUAAAACCAAGUUUUACAUACAACAAAACAGAAAUUUUGAUUUGCUGAUCACAUAUCUUCUGCAUUAUUGAACUAGAUAUUAUAAACUGUAAACUGUAUAUAUGUAUGAAUUUUGUAAAUAAAUGUUUUGUGAA